CAAAAUAGUAACACAGAGCUUCGAAAGUCGACAACUCCGCCGGUUUUGCCUAAAAUCAAACGGCGAGAAGCAAAAAGAUUGCAGUUUCUUCCAAGUUUCCACGAUCAUAAAUCUAGGCAAAAUCGCUGCUUCUUCUCGAAGAAUCGGAAUCUCCCCUAGUCGAAUUUUUCCGUCGGCGAAGAUGAAUUGCGAAGUUUGUCAGCUGAAGGAACUGGAAGUGGAAUCCUUCGAGAUACGCGAGGUUCUACGCUGCAUUCUACAUACUAUUGUCUUUCAUCGAGCACUUGGUCUUAUCCGCCCUAAAGACAUUGAUUUGGAGCUUUUUGAGAUCACAUACGUGCAAUGUGGUGAAAUAGAAGUGGAAAAGAAAAUUGAUGAGAAGAUUGAGCAAUUCAUAAGCUGGAUUGAGAAACACCCGAACAAGAAAAGUCAGAUAUGUCUGUCGUUUUAUGAAGUCAAAAGCAAACAGCCAUCUUGGUUCACUAAUAAAAUCGAACGGAUGUACUGGGAACAAUGGUACAUCAAUCUGAAUGUGCUUCUUCAGCCCACUAAAGCCCCUAUCGGAAAGUCCCACCACUCUAAACUGGUUAUGGACCCUGGAGUGGGAAGUGAUGGUCGUGUUGACUGUAGAGGCGUCUGAGGAAAGAAGUUCUCGUAGGACACUGCUUGAGCAAUCCCUUCAAGAAGUCUUAUUCCAAAUCAUAAAAUUCGUGAAUGAGAAAAAGGAUCACGUUCCUCCCAUUAACGAUGGUGUAAUCUACUGCCCUUUUGAGAUCACUAUCCCAAGCUCAUCGGACUCGGCCUUUGGGAUGGAUAUGAUCAAGAGGAUGCUACACAGUGGCCACCCAUCGAUGCUCAGUUGAUUCACAUUAUCCCACUCAACUUUGGUACAUACACUUGGUGCAGCCUAACUCCAAUCUACACUUUCCUACUUGCAUUUCCUUUGUAAAUAACACUUUGCCUCUUUCCUUUGAUCGUGGUCGUUGAAUGAUGGAUAAUGUUUGUCUUUAUCUUAUCUAUGUUACUACGGAAUACGGAUAGAAGCUGUAAAUAAGUGAUCCCUUGUUUCCAAGAUUUCAAAUCUAAGUGACCAGACCAUUACAAAUCAGAGAUCAUUCAAAAGUAAAAAGGAUUAGAAAUCAGAGUUCACCAAGAUCGUAUUACAGUAUCUCUUGUUUGUCUCUGUAUACGCAAUGUUUUGCGACUCAUAAAGCCUUACUACGUUGUUUUCCAAAGUUUGGAUUAACAUUAGAGAGCCAGAAACAAACAAACCUUUCUCUGAUUUGGAGUUUCUUGGAGUUUCGUUCAAAAGAAACCUAACUAAAUAACCAGACACACUACUAGCUAGAGAGAUCACUAAACUGAAAGCUAAAGAGUGGAAACUUAAAGAGAUUGAAACCCUCCGACCGAGGAAGAAGCUGGUAUGAUCACAUAGUCUCACGCUAAGUACUCUCCGGAAACGAACCCGAGUUUGUUCUCUGGGCCUUCGAACUGCCACGUGGCAGGUAUUGGAGCCACGUGGCUUGCAGCGGCCGCUGUAGCAUCGGUAACGCCAGUUGAAAACGGCCAGACCGUUAUCCCUUGCCCAAAUCUGACGUCAUCAAAAUACGACCCUUGACCAAGACCAAGUCCAAAUCCGUCUGGCCCAUUAAACCCACCACCAGAGCCAUGUCUGCUCGCGGCGGCGUUGUAGUUGAGCAAAGAGGCGAAACCGCCGUAGAGCGCAGACGCGCUUCCCUUCGCCGCCGUGUUACCGGCACCGUUGGAGGAGGGAGGGAAAAGAACAGGGGUCGCUUGUAACGGAAAAUUCCGGCUUCCGACAGCAGCGGAGGAGCAAGUUCUUGAGCGUUUUGAGCUUUUACGGGAAACGCCUCCGACAGGAAUGUCACGGAGAGUACCUCCGUGAGUCCAGUAACGGCGACAAGAUUUGCAGAAAUGGCGAGGCUGAGAGAAGUUGUAGUUGUUGUAGUAACAGAACUUUGUGUUGGUCGAGUCACAGCGAGGACAAGGAAGCUGCUCUUGCUGAUCCGCCGGAAUCGCCACCGCUCCGCCGUGAGGAAUCUUAGGUAGUCGACGCGAUUCGCUGAUAUCAGAAGGCAUGUUGAAGAUAGGGGAACGAAAGUAAAAAAUGUUUGUAAGCUUAGUGUGUGCGUUAAAGGUUGGAACUUUCUGAGAGCGCGAGGUUCCUUUUAUGGAGAAGAGAGAUGAGGAAGGAGAAGGGAGUGAAGCUUUUUGACAGAGUGUGUUGGGUUUAUUGUGAACAUGGAGAGAGAAAGAGAUGAUCUGUUUCUUUCUCCUUAAGACUUUCUCUCUCUUUAAACUUCAUGAUACGUAAGGUGGCUCUUCUUUCAAGAUUUUCUGUUUUGCAAAACCACAUUUCUCUAAUCUCUCUGCCACACGUAUUCUCAUAUCUAUUAAACAAAUUAUAAUAAGAUAAUUUUUCUUACCCGCAUAAGU